AUGGGGGCACGUGUAGGUCGCAACCUGUGCACCUCGCUCCGCAAGGACAGGAGACCUUGUCAGCGUCUCGAAGAUGAAGGGAGCCCCAACACGACAUGUCGCGAGGCCUCCCAUGGAGGUCAAGAACAGGCCUUCGAACGGCUUCCGGCAUUCAAGAAGGGGAAUGUAAAUUCGCCACAGCGAAUCCGAGAAGCCGACUUCGAGUUCUUGCAGUGCAUUGGGAAAGGAACCUUCGGUCGAGUCUAUUUGGUGCGGAAGAGGGAUGACACUUCCCAAAGGCUGCUGGCCAUGAAGGUGCUGCGCAAGUCUCGAAUUGGGGACUCCAGGCGCCGUGCGGAGUAUAUCAUCACCGAGCGCAAGGUGUUGAGAAGCGCCAAUCAUCCCUUCGUAGCGAGGCUGAGGUAUGCUUUUCAGUCAGCAUCGCGACUUUACCUCCUGACAGAUUUUUUUGGCGGAGGCGAACUCCUCGAGCACAUUCGCCGCUCAGGGCGUUUUAGCGAAGCUCAAGCUCGAUUCUUUGUGGCUGAGGUGGCCUUGGGCUUGGAAUAUCUCCACGACCGGGGGAUCUGCCACCGAGACCUGAAGCCUGAGAACGUGCUGUUGGACCUCGAUGGCCACGUCAGGCUGACGGAUUUCGGGUUGGCGAAGAUGGGAUUAAGAACGGCAUUGACGUCAACGAUGUGUGGCACGCCGGAGUACCUGCCACCAGAGGUCUUUCGCAGGCAGUCCUAUGCCUGCGAGUUGGACUGGUGGUCCUUCGGUGUGCUGAUCUUCGAAAUGUUGGAGGGGCGACCUCCAUUCCGAGAUCCCAACGAGAGCAGGCUGUUCCAAAUGAUCAUGGACGGACACUUCCGCUUCGAGCAUGUCCACUCCACGGAGGCGACGUCGCUCGUCCGGCAGCUCUUGACCCCUGACCUGGCAUUGAGACUCAAGUCGGCUGCCAGCGUCAAGGCCCUGAGGGAACUGCGCAAGGGCAAAGAGCAGUGGCAGCCGGUGCGAUCCGGAUGCUUUAGACGCUUCACGGAAAGAUACUGCCAGGUACGUGCCAGAGACAAGAGGUCCCAUGGCGGUGGAGAAAGCUCUUCGCAAAGCUACAGCGUAGACGAAAUGGGGCUAGAUCCGCAGAUGGGCGCAGCACCCUCUCCGGAUAUGCUUCUCUACGAAGCCACGAAUUUCAGCUGCCGAGGUGCACCUCGCGCUUUCCAAGCGUUUUAUGCCUUUGGUUGCAAGAAGCAGCCUGCUACUCUCAUCUCCAGCGAGGGGGGCCGGGCGAGUCGCGGCGCCUUCGCCGACGUCGCCGCCGUCACGGCGGCCUGCGAGGGCCAUGCCGGCGCCUUGUGUGGGCCAUGCUGCCGGCGGCCGGCUGCUCUAAAGGCGUCCGAGUCCAAUCCGCAGGAGCCCGGGCCAAGCGGACCCCGUUCGGGAGCGGGCUAUCCAGCGCAAGGUCCACCUCUCGCGCCAAUGAGUGCUAGGCUGGUCAAUGCGCCGCUGGCAGGUGAGAUGCCAGAGCAGUCGAGCGUGGCGAGCAUGACAGGCAUCAGUGUGGGCUCUACAUGCGGAGGGCCGGUCCUGCGAAAGAAGCUCUUCGACCAGAACGUGUCGGACUGGGCAUCGAGAUACCGGAAGCAUAAGCAGAGCCUGGAUCAGCUCACAAGGGAUUGCGAGCUUCUUCGAACAGAUGUGGCCAAGCAUCAGACAGAGGUGGACGAGCGAGCUCAGAAGACAGCAGAGCUCGAGGACAAGUUCCACGGGCAGACGAUGCUGAAGUUCACCGACAUGAAAGCGGCCGUCGAGGCCGCUGGGCAGCGGAAGCAGCAGCUAGGUUUGGAAGUUGGAGAAGCUCGAAAGCUGAAGGCUCAACUGACAAAGGAGUGCAAGCUGCUGAAAGCAGACUAUGAGCGCAAGCACUCCGAGCUCGCACGUGGAGCAGAAAUGCGUGACAGGCAGGAAUCUGCAGAGAGUGAGCAGAGUGCCGACCCAAGCAGAUCAAUGUGCGGCCCGUCUCGAGACAAGGGCGAGGGAAUCAUCCACUUUUCUGGUGGUGAAAGGGAUCUUAAGACGAAAGCACUGCAACUUGACAGCAUCAAGGCCAAGCUCCAAGCAACAGGCAGCGCAGUAGGUCCUCUGCCCGAGCGCGCGCGCGCGCAGCUGUGUCCGCCCGUGUCCGCUUGCAGCGCAGCUGCCUUCGCUUGCUGUCUUGAGGCCGAAGGCAAAGACCACUUCCAGCAAGGCCGCUUCCGCGAUGCCCUGCAAAGCUACGCAGCGGCUUUGCGGGAGCUGAGCGGCCAGGGCACCGAGGAGCAGGCAGCGGCCCUCCGGGCGAACCGUUCUCUCUGUCUGCUGCGGCUUGGGGACAACGAGCUGGCCUUGUCGGAGGCUGAGAAGUGCAAGGAGCUGCAGCCAGAUUGGCCCAAAGCGCACUUUCGUGUCGCGGCUGCUUUGAGAGCUCUAGGCCGCCUGGGAGAAGCUCGCUUGGCGGCUUGUCAGGCGCGGCGGCUGGCGCCCCACGACACCGCCCUGCGGGAUCUCCAAACAGAGCUGCGGCAGACGCUGUUUCCUGGUCCCACCGCGCCUCUUGGGGAGGCCUUGGAUCUGCUGGAAGACUUCCGGAGAAGCGCUUCCGACAUCCGGAACGCUGCGCAAGUGGUUCGAGACACUCUGCUGGGUGAUCAGAAAGGAGGUGUCGACGUGCUGGGAGCAUUUCUUCGCUCCGAGGGGCCCAAGACGAUUUUCCGACGACAGAAUGCCAUGGGUGACAAUUGGCAAGAGGAAGCGAGGAAUGGCACCAUGUCGCUCCUCAGUGAGCUGACCAAAGCAGGCCCUGCGUUGGAGCAGGAGUUCUUGCGGCUAAGCAAGGAGGCCGACGAGCGGGAACUGGGAUGCCAAGCUACCGGCUGUUCUGAUGAUCACUUCUCGAACAUGGGCACCAAGGCUGCCGACUUGAACCGGGACAAAGCUGUGGCGGCACCACCGGCCCCACCACAGGCGCCUGUGGCUGGGACGAUGGAGGCGCAGGAAGCAGAUGCCGAGACCUUCCUCGGUAUUUCGAAGCGGUCCCGAAAGCAGCGCCCGCGAGGGACAAAGCCAAGACCGCAGCCGAGCCCGCUACUCUUGAAUCUUUGGUCGGACAGAGCCGUGUUUAGUGUGUUCUCCUUCGGAUGGCCCUCGGCGCUGCCAUGUGCUGCGGCGGUGGCACCGGUCUGGGCAGAAGCUGUUCGAAGGUUUGGGGCCGAAGAUGAAGGUCUGGAAGCCACGGAAGCCGACAGGAUCCGCAAAGGCGCUUGGAGGACCUGGCUGACUCUGCUUUGCCCAGGUGCAGUGGAGGUCGCGAAAGAUUUGGAAGACGGCGACCCUUUGUCCGAGAAGCAUCUCUUGCGACACUUGGUGUGUCCGCCUCGCCCUCGUGACUGUGACCAGUGCAUCUCGCUGGACUGGUGCUUUCUUGUCGCUCUUUGGAAAGACGGCAGGCGACUGUGGACCGGGAGCCUGACACUGCUCCAUGCGUUGCCCUUCGAGGAGCACGACGGAAGCCCAACUUGUUUCGAACGCAGGGAUGAGAUACAGCCUGGUCAGGAAAAGGAUGCGAAUAAGGCAUGCCGAACAUUCGACAGUCUACACGCUUCGACAGGCCGCGUCGCUGGCGGAAAUGGAAAUGGCCAGAACGACGGUUUGUGCGACGGCAGUGCGUGGCACAUUGCUGCUGCCGGUGCCCGCUUUGCUGCGUCCUGGUCCUCUCGACGCUUCGGAGCUUUGUCCACGGGGCGGCAUCUUGCGCGUCGUCUUGGGCGUGUCGGUCACGACAGAGAAGGACACGACGGAGCUUCGAGCCAGCCUCGGCUUUGCAGGUCCUGA